GAGAGGGAGCAGAGUGAAUACAAGCUGGAGAGAAAAAAAGUGGAUUAGAAAAAAGAGAGGCAAGGAGUUCCGACAGAGCAAGAAAGAAAAUAAGACAGAGGAAGGGCAGAGAAGAAAGGUCAUAAAGGUAAACUGCGCCCAAACAAAGAUUCAGAGUGAGAGGGGCUGAAAUGGAGGUAUGGUGAAGACCAAAACAGAAUGAAGUGUCUUCCGGACACUCAGAGUAAACCCCUGUUAGACAUGGAGGUGGCUAACUACUGUGAGGGCCUCGAUCCCUCGUACAGCACACUGGGCUUUGAGAAUGCAGAGGUACUCUAUGCAGGAGGUGACAGCAUGCCAGCAGAGCCUAGUCUACAGGGGGCAGAUGGGAUCAGUGGUAACUGUGCCAUCUGUGGAGACAAGGCCACAGGGAAACACUACGGAGCCUCCAGCUGUGAUGGAUGCAAGGGCUUCUUCAGACGAUCUAUACGGAAGAGCCACGUCUACACCUGCAGGUUCAGCAGACAGUGCAUCGUGGAUAAGGACAAAAGGAACCAGUGCCGUUUCUGCAGACUCAACAAGUGCUUCAGGGCUGGCAUGAAAAAAGAAGCGGUUCAGAAUGAGAGAGAUCGAAUCAGUUCCCGCAGAAGCGCCCCUGACUCCCAAGAUCUGCCGCCUAUCACCGUUCUGGCCCAGGCAGAGUCACUGUCCCAACAGAUUUGUAGUCCUGCCAUAUUGGAUGCGUCAGGGCAGAAGUCGGCCACUGCAGCAGAUGUGUGUGACUCUAUGAGACAACAGCUGCUGGUCUUGGUGGAAUGGGCCAAGUACAUCCCUGCCUUUGGGGGACUGCCACUGGAUGACCAGGUGAGCUUACUCAGGGCUCAUGCAGGCGAGCACCUUCUGCUUGGGGUCGCGAAGAGGUCGAUGCCAUAUAAGGACUUCCUGCUCUUAGGUAAUGGUUGUGUGAUCCAAAGGAACAGCCCUGAACAAGAGAUCUGCCGAGUAGCUAAUAGGGUGCUUGAUGAGCUGGUGCAGCCUUUCCAGGAUAUUCAAAUCGAUGACAACGAGUAUGCGGCACUCAAGGCUAUUGUCUUCUUUGACCCAGACGCGAAAUCAUUGCGGGACCCGUCAAAGAUCAAGACCAUGCGUCUGCAGGUCCAGAUGAGUCUGGAAGAUUACAUCAAUGACCGUCAAUACGACUCCAGGGGUCGCUUUGGGGAGCUCCUCCUGCUGCUGCCAACCCUGCAGAGCAUCACGUGGCAGAUGAUUGAGCAGCUCCAGUUCAUUAAACUCUUUGGCCUGGCCAAGAUCGACAACCUGUUGCAUGAGAUGCUGCUGGGAGGCCUGUCAUCAGAACCUGCCCACCUUCACCAACCGUCUCAUACCCAGCUGGCCCAAGACCCCUUGACCGGUCACACGCUAGUGAUCAGCACUAUGCCCGUCACACACACUCCACAGAUAGCAGCCUCCCCAGAGACCCCCACCCCAUCACCCCCGCAAGGUCCUGCCCCAGAGAUGUACAAACCCUUCCCGCAGCCCGUGGGUCCUCCGGCCAGCCCCUCCCCUCCCCCACAAACACACCCCUGACCUCUCCUCCUCUGCUCUGUAGCGAGGCCCUGUGUACCCCCCCUGUCCUCCGACUAAUCGUUGUCAGAAAACCACAACAGCAAUCUGUGAUCAGCGUCCGUGGGUACCCUCCCCCCCCCCACUCCCUGUACAAACUAACUCUCGUGUCCAAACUGCUAGCAGCCACAUCCCCAGGCCUCUGUCCCGUGUCUAGUUUGAGCUAUCUAGCUGCAUUGAAAAGCAGGACAUAACUGAGGCAACGCCUCUAUGUGGCUGAAUCCUGAUUGCAACAGCCCCCAGAUGUUCUGCUGCAUCCAUAAAAUGAGGAGAAGAAAGUCUCUGAUGGGGAGGACCCUCAUCUGCAGACACUGACAAGGGGUGAUUUUCUUGAAAUGAAAGGGAGGGGAGCCCUCCUCUUACCAAAUGCUAUGACAUGGUGUUUUCAAACUAACGCAUGAAUCGACUCUUCACCUUUCAGCGUAUGUGCAGGCAGCAGGCCCCUUAGUAUUUGUUUUUUUCCAUUUGUUUGUUUGCAAAGGAGGAUGGCCGGUCGGGUUAGAAGGGCCACAUAUCACAGGAGAUUUCAAGGAUGAAUUCCUGGACAUGGUACAUUUACUAUCCAUAAGGUUAGGAGGCUGCAGGUGUAUAUGAAAAUGGUGUAACAUCUAAGUGGAAUAAUUUAAAAUGCUCCAAUUCUUUUGAGGAACCAUUGCAUGUAAAACAAAAAAGAAAAAAAAUAGCUUUUUUUUAUUAUUAAAUCAGGAACUAGGAGAUAUGUUGCAUUGUAAAACCAUACGGUGACAUGUUAUGAGUAUGGGCGCUGCACCAUGAUCAGCUGCAAAAUAACAUGACAACGGAGCGUAAUGUCCACUCUGCUAGUUUUACUGACUACGUACAUUCAACAGCUUCAUAUCCGUAAAGGUCAUGCUAUCAAAAACACUUUCACGUUGGCAUCCGAACAACAAAAAAAGUGAUGUCUCUGGAAAAAAAGUACGUAUAAUCACUGUAGCCUUUUUUUUAAUUGUUAAAAAUGCAUGCUUUACUUUGUGUUGCGUUACAUCAUGAUGAAGCUGAAGGUCUGUUGUCCCGAAUGUGAGGUACUCAGGGUGUCAGCGGGACAUAUGAAACACAUGAAUCCAGAGGGAUAUCGGUGUUAUCUUGCUGUCAACACACAAAUCACGUCUAGACGAGACGCGGGCUUUACCCCCGCAGCCACCUCCUAAGAGCGAAUGCACGAAAUGACUGCCGGGAUCAAACUCAACCUCGCAUUUUCAAGGGGGGGUCCACACCUGUUUUCAAAUCAUUUAUUGCUUUAUUUUUACUACUUUUUAUUAUCAUUUUAAUUUUAUAAUUUUGUUAAAUUGCUAAGUUGUGUUUGCAGGAAAUAUAGGGCUGCAAAUAUCACACUGGGAAUGAAACAUUUGGAAAUAGAAGUCUUCCAAUAGCGUCGCUGACUUGCAGAGAGCAUGUAGGCAUGCGCCCGCAUGCACACACAUGCAAAAUCCUCAUAAUGAGCAUAGUGAAGAGCAACUAUCUGUACAUAUCUUACUUUUUACCUUGACGAAUGAAUGUUCAUAACACGCUAUAUGGUACGUAGUGACACACUAAUAUAAUUUGUUCAGAUUGUUUAGUUUGAAUUUUAUUGCCGUCAUGAUUUAUUUUGUGAUGAACAAAUCCGUUUCGUUUAGUGUCGAUACUGACCAGGUCUGUGGUUUUGCGGUACUAAUUUCACGUAUGACUCGUGUAUGACUUGUAAAAUUCAUGAAUGGAUUAAAAGACAAAAUAAUUGCAAUUUUUUUUUCUCCAAUUUUACUUA